AUGCCUGUUACAGAGUUUACAGCCAUAGAAGAAGAAGGUCAGUAUAACUCUCUGCUCUUCUUUGACUGUUUGCUCUGCGUGUGGCGGAGGACCGGAGACCUGCUGAAAGCUUUGCCCGGUCUACCUGCUGCUCGUCGGUGUGCAGGGAGCUGACAUGUAGCCAAUCAGAGACGAGCUGAGGUGCACUUUGAGGAAACUUUACGCCUCACCUGACACGCCUCUAACAAAACAGGAAGUAGUUUCUGUCCUCACUAAAGAACGAACAACAGACAGGAAAAAACUUUCACAAAAAGUGUGAGUUCAGAUAACGUUCCUUCUACCUGCUGACUCUUCAGAAGCUAAGGAGGCAUCUAAAGCUUGGGUUCAGGAAGGCCGACCCACACAGUCCUGGAUUAUAACAAGCUUUCUCUUUCAACAUAUAAAUAUGCAGUUCGUUAUAUAUCCAAAAAUGAACAAGUGAUGAGAGCAGACUCUACGGCUGAAAAGCUGCUAAAUAAGAAUGGGAUUGGAUUUUGGAAGGAGCUCAGAGAGAAGAUGGAUUUCUUAUCAGGGGAGAAGCUCUGCUGCCUGGUCUGUCAGGACAUCUACAGAGAUCCUGUAGUUCUGACGUGCAGCCACAGCUUCUGCAGAGACUGUCAGCAGAGCUGGUGGAGACAGAAGAAAACACGCGAGUGUCCCAUUUGUAAAACGAUAUCUUCAAACAAAAAACCGCCUGUAAGUCUGGUCCUGAAGAACCUGUGUGAGGCCUUCUUACUGGAGAGAGACCAGAGGAUGUCAGAGGACUUCUGCAGUCUGCACAGUGAGAAGUUCAAACUCUUCUGUCUGGACCAUCAGGAGCCCGUGUGUCUCGUCUGCAGAGAUUCAGAAAAACACUCCGAGCACAGACUCAAACCCAUCGAAGAGAUUGCGCAACAACACAAAAAGAAACUUCAGGAAGCUCUGGAGCCCUUAAAGGAGAAGCUGAAGGAUUCUGAACGAGUUAAUGGGAAUUUUGAUCAAACAGCAGAUCACAUUCGGGUCCAGGCCCGACACACAGAGAGGCAGAUUAAGAAGCAGUUUAAGAAGCUUCACCAGUUUCUAGAAGAGGAAGAGGAGGCCAGGCUGUGUGCACUGAGGGAGGAAGAGGAGCAGAAGAGUCAGAGGAUGAAGGAGGAGAUGGAGGCUCUGAGCAGAGAGAUAGCAGCUCUUUCACACACAGUCAGAGACACAGAGGACGAGCUGAGAGCUGAAGACGUCUCAUUCCUGAAAAACUACAAGGCUGCAGUGGAAAGAGUCCAGCAGCGCCCCCUGCUGGAGGAUCCACAGCUGCCCUCAGGAGCUCUGAUAGAGCAGGCCAAACACCUGGGCAAUCUGAGCUUCAACAUCUGGAACAAGAUGAAGGACAUGGUCUCCUACAGUCCGGUCAUUCUGGACCCAAACACAGCUGGUACUAGACUCACUCUGUCUGAAGAUCUGACCUCUGUGAGACGAGAAGAUACGCAGCAGCUUCCUGAUAAUCCAGAGCGGUUUAAACACGUUCGCUGUGCUGUCCUGGGCUCUGAGGGAUUUAACUCAGGGACUCACAGCUGGGACGUGGAGGUCGGAGACAGUAGGUACUGGAUUCUGGGUGUGUUAGCGGAGUCGGACCAGUGGAAGGAGAACACUGAGUCUGGAUUUUGGAGAAUAGAGUGUCUUGGAGGUAUUCACUCGGCUCGCUCACCGUCGGCUCCUCCCACUCAUCUGGUGGUCCAGCAGCAGCUCCAGAGGAUCAGAGUGAAUCUGGACGGGGACAGAGGAGAGCUGUCGUUCUCUGAUCCUGAUACUAACACACACAUACACACCUUCACACACACCUUCACUGAGACGAUGUUUCCAUACUUCAGCAUCGUGGAUAAACUCCCACUGAAGAUGUUACCACUGAAGGUCUGAAAGAUGUCUGUGUGUAUUUGAAUACUUUAACAUGUAAACUACGAGUUCAGAUAUCAUCAGCAUCAAACUGAAUCAGAAGCCGGCAGGUUCCUGUUCACUUGAUUAAUAUGUCAACGCGGCCGCCAUGUUGGUGAAGGGAGCUGCGCCUCCACAUGAAGUUUAGACUCUGACAGCAGGAGGUCCACCAUCAAUUAAAAAUAUUAAAUGUG